CGGAUAUGGAGAAGUCAAGAAUUGCCAGAAAAUGCAUAAUACAUCUGUUUUUAUGAUUUGAAAAACACAGAGUGCCAAAAUGGCUUAUCUUGUGAUAGUCCAUGUACCAUAUACACCUUUGAAUUUAUUACAAGAAAAGGAAGCCAAGGAAGAAAUAAAGGCUGUAGAAAAAUUGAAAGAAAUAAAGGCUUUAGAAAAAUUGAGAGAGGAUAAUAAUCUAAGGACAGUUGAUAGUGGCGUUGAAAGUUUACUGGGUCAAGAAAAUGAUGUUCAUAAAGCUGUUGAGGAACAAGAAACAGUUGAUGACGAGUCAAAUGAAACAAAUGACAGGGUGGAAACAUUAGCUGAGAAGGUAGAAACACUUGCUGCUGAUUCCAAAUCUCUAGAAUCAGUAAGUGAAAGCUCAGCAAAUAAUGAUUCAGGAAACAGAUAUGCAGAUGAAGAAAAUAAGGAAGAAACACUGUCUAGAGAUAAUACAGAUGUAGAAAAAGAUGAAACUAUAGAAGAGAUAGAAAUGAACAAAGUUCCUCAGUGUGACACAGAAAAAGAAGUUUCAGAAGAUGCAUCUAUCAUAGAACCAGAGACAGAUUCUGUCAAAGAAGAUCUUGGAAAAGUUGUGGAAAACAAUAAAAGUGACGGAAGUUCUAAAAGUGAAGGUGAUGAAAGUUCUAAAAGUGAUGAUGCUCCUUUGACACCUUUGUUUCAACAUGUUCCUAUACAUGUGAGAGUUGAGAAAGAAUUAAUAAGGAUGGAAGUGGACAAUGUUGACAUAACAACUGUAGGGAAUGGAGCAUUCCAAAAGUUUUCGUUUGUACAAGAAGACAGUGAUAAAUGUGAGAAGAUUUUAAUCAGACUAAGGGGUAUUGGUGUUGGAUUAACAGCAGGAACAUCUGUCAGUGUGUUUCCAUCAAGUCUACAUGAUAGUGUUCAGUCAGAAGUUGAAGACAAACUCAGCACUAUUGAUGAAAAUUCACCAGGGAAAAUUAAAUCUCAUGAAGAAGUUGAACAAAAAGAAAGCCAGUUUAAGAAAUCUGUGAAGUCAAGGCUUCUAGUAGCUCAGGUUGUUAAGUCUGUGACAGCCAAUGCUUUGUUCACAUUUGAUUACUUAGUUUUGAUUAUUUUAGCAAGUAUUAUAGCUUGUAUUGGUCUGGUAGAAAACAGUUCUGUUGUACUUGUGGCAAGCAUGCUGAUUUCACCUUUGAUGGGCCCAAUCUUAGCAGCAACAUUUGGUCAGGUGAUACAUAAGAAAGAUUUAAGAGAUCUUGGUUUCAAAUCCGAGCUGAAGGGAUUAGGUCUCUGCUUAAUUGUAGGAUUCUUAUUUGGUCUGAUAUCUGGUGGUGUAUGUCUUCAUGGUGCUAUAUGGGGGAGUUCUGAUUCUUAUCCUACUACAGAAAUGAGAUCACGGGGUAUGUUGAGAAGUUUAUGGGUUGGAGUUUUAAUAGCUGUACCAUCUGGAGCAGCAGUGGCAAUAUCAGUACUGGGUGGAAAUGCUGGAUCCCUGGUGGGUGUGGCCAUCUCAGCUUCACUCCUCCCACCUGCAUGUAAUGCUGGUAUGUUGUGGGCUUACUCAAUUCUAGCUGCCAUUAAAUCUCCUGUCAUAAAGUCUGUGUCAUUAAUUGAUGUUGGAACUAUAAUUAAUAAUGUAACUACUCCAGUUCCUAAUACACUAUCAUCAAUGAACUCAAACACAACAAUAUCAUCACCAGUGUCUACAUAUCAGACAACCACUUCCGUAUUACCAGCUGAGAGUUGUCCUUCCCUUGUUGACAAUAUGUACAAGGAGGUGUAUUUCUGUAAUGUCUCACACGAAGCAGCUUUACUCGGGCUUAUCAGCUUGUUACUGACGAUAAUAAAUAUCAUUUGUAUAUUUUUUAUGGCUAUACUUGUGUUAAAGAUAAAGGAAGUAGCCCCCAAAACAGCAGGUGUAGAUACAUUCUGGAGAGAGGAUGUUCAGGUGGCACGAGGUUACUACAGCACAGCUAAGGGCGAAACUUCAAAAUCAUUAGGUAAAACAUUUUUAGAGGAGUACAAAAAACUACAAGAAGAUUUACAAAAGAAGAAAGCAGAGGGUAAAAAGGAUGACACAACUGAUGAUGAUGAUAAUGAUGAGGAUGAGUCUAUGAAUGAAGAUAUGGCUGUUUUUAAAGUACACGGUUUCUUAGAGGAUGUUGAAAACUCCCCAGAUUGCAUUGGAUUUUUAUCCAGAUUUCCAAAUGUAAAACACGAGAGAUUUGCAGGGGAUUUGGACACAGAGUAUGAUCAAGCUGCUUUAAAUCUGUCAAGUAGAUUAGCCAAGAGACCUGGUGUAUAUCUAGCUGAUAGGACGAUCAGGGACAGGAGCUUCCAGAAGGCAUAUAAUACAAUACAUAACGUACCGUCCAGUGAACGACCAGGACUUGCCGAUCUUAGAAGUAAAUUUACCAGGAGAAAGGCCCCUAGUAUGUACAUUGAAUCCAGUUUUGCUGAAGACAAUGAAAUUGGAGUUGUGAAUGCGAGACAAUCACAUUCUUCUUUAGGACUGACAAGUGGUUUGUUCAAGAGAAGAAAACAAAAGGUUAAAUUUCAGGUUACUAAAGUGGAAGAGGAACAAGAGUUAGUAUAAAGUUAUGUUCUCUCAAUAAUGAUUUAUCUUCAUAACCACACUCUCCUCCCAUUUGUUAAGGAAUAUUGUUCUUUGCAUUAAAACAGCUCUGCAUUUUAAGUCAUAAUUUGCAGUUGUCUUAAAAAAGGGGUUCUACACAUUUAAGUUUAUGAGACCGUGAAAUUGUUGCUAGAUAAUUAGAUAUUCCUUAGAUAAAUAGCUCUGUUAAAAUGAGUACUUUUAUGAAGGUGAAGUCUGAAGAAAUUUUUUAGUUUGGAAUUCAGAAAUUUUGUAAUAGCUAGCUAUCUUUUGUAACUGAUUGUAACUUUUACAUACGGUAUUUGUCUACUGUUUUUUUCUAACAGUAGUAACUGUUGUUUCUGUUGUUGGCUUGCCUUUAGUGAUAAUGAUAAAAAAAUCAACUACUUAUUCUGGUCUAUAGUUAUAUUUUGUUAGAAUAUUCAUCAGGUUAGUUUUUAUUACUAGAUGAAUUGUCUUGUUAACAAUACCUCCUUUGAUUAUUUUUAAUGAUUUGUUUUGCCAAGUUAAUUUGCCAAAUUAUUUUAAAUCUGUAUAAUUAUUUAGUUAGAUUUGUUCUUUGAUUUUUGACAUGUUUAUUGUUUUAAGAAAUCCAUUGAAACAAUCCAUACUGUUAGUUAUGAUAGACUUGUUAAUUGUUAAAUAUAUGUAAUGUAGCUUUAUAUAUAUUUUAUGUUUUAAUAUGUAUGGUUUUUAUUGGAUAUUUCUGUCAUUUGAUAGUUUUUUGUAGAUGAACUUAAUGUGAUUACAAACAAAAGGGAGAGUUACUGUAUUUAAGUUUUUUUUACAGAGUAAUGUCUCCUUUUCUUAAUGUCGUACACUAAGAAUAGUCAAGCACACUGUCUUAUGGACAGUUCUUGUUUUUUAAGUAGACUUUACAAAGAUAUUAAUUUGGUAUACCUGAUUAAAUGAAAGAUAAAGGUUGAAAUUUGCGGUUGAGAACAUGUAGUUAAGAAUAUGCUGAUACCAGAUAGAUACUUAGAUUGAUUGUUCUUUAUUAUUUUAGUACUUAUUUUAUAUACAUUAGAGUCAUGUAAGUUGAUUGUUUAUAAAGUAAUUCAGGAGAGUUUACAUUUAUAACAAAACACCAAAUUCAUAGGAAUAGUGGAAGGAAUAUUCACAUUUGAGCCGCGUCAUGACAAAACCAACAUAAUGGUCUGAUCAGGAUCCUUGCUGUUGGCUAUCAGUUUCUCUACAUGUAAUAGGGUUGUUAAGCGAACAGCAUGGAUCCUGAACAGACUGCGCUGAUGCGCAGGCUGGUCUGGAUCCAUGCUGGUCACAAACGCAUUACGAUGGUUUUGUCAUGACAUGGCUCAUUUAUAUAUGACUGAUGUAGCUUCAUACAGCAAGGUUUCUAAUGCCCUUGCUGACUCUGUAGAGAGUUAUUUACUGUGUUAGUCAGAUUUAUUGUCAGUUCUACACAGUAUGUCAUCUUGAUCAUAUAUUUCUACUAUCCUCAGUCAUAUUAGUAACACUGUUAAUGGUCAACAUGUUCAGGAAAUGGACUCAAACCGUUUACAUGUAGCAAAAAGUACUGAAAAUAUUUUAAUGAAACUUGAUAUAUGGAUAGAUGGCAGUAUGGAGAUUAUGCACAUCUUUUUCUUUUCUUCCUAUGUUGAAAAUUCUGGUUGCUAUGGCAACAAAUAGACUGAAAAUAUGGCAAAUUUUACGCACAACCUGGAUCCCACGAUAACGCAAAAAGUACUGAAAAUAUUUUUAUGAAACUUGAUAUAUGGAUAGAUGGCAGUAUGGAGAUUAUGCACAUCUUUUUCUUUUCUUCCUAUGUUGAAAAUUCUGGUUGCUAUUGCAACAAAUAGACUGAAAAUAUGGCAAAUUUUACACAUAACCUGGAUCCAGUGAUAACACAAAAAGUACUGAAAAUAUGUUUAUGAAACUUGACAUAUGGGUAGAUGGCAGUAUGGAAAUUAUGCACAUCCUUUUCUUAUCUUCCUAUGUUGAAAAUUCUGGUUGCUAUGGCAACAAAUAGACUGAAUUUCAAGAUUUCUGAUUCUAGUUUUUAAGUUUUUUCACUAUAAGUUCUUUAUUUCUUAAGGUAUUUUCUUCAAACUUUAAAUAUAAGUUGCUUGUCAUCAACCACAUCAUAUGUGACAAGGUUUACAACUCUAGCACAAAAUUUAUCAGAAUUACCUCCCUUGAACUUAAAAUUUUCAUGAAAAAAACAUUGUUUUUUUUUAAUAACUUCUUUUUUUGAAUGUAUCUACUUCAAACUUCAUAUAAAUGUUUCUUAUUAUCACUCAACAUUUGUGAGUGUUCAAUACUCUAGCAAGACUAUUUCCAGAAUUAUGCCCCUUUUGAACUUAGACUUUUUUUUGAGAAAUUGGUAAUUUUUACUCCAACUUCUUCAAUCAUGAUAGGAUUUUAAAAAUGUUAUAUUUUGAUAACAGGGAUGUUUAAAAAAUAACUUUAGAGUGUCCUUCAGUCUGUCUGUCUGUACAUAAAAACUGUUUCCUGUAAUUACUUUUAAAUAACUUUUUUAACAAAUUUACUUAAAAUAGGAACAUAAGUGAAUGGCCAAUGGCCCUUCAGAAUGUUGCUUGGGCUCUUACCGGUAGGGGACUUAUUGAUUGCUUGCAAUACUAUGAUAAUUGCUUGUUUAUCUAG